CGGAAUUUUAUAAUCUUCGUGAUCGCAACGACCAACUUCAUUUACAAUUUACCAAAUAUUUUUAUUUUGUAACAAUAGAUAAAGGGAGGGUGUUUUCAAUGUUCAAAUUAUGUGUGCAUUUGUCUCAGUUACUACAAAGAUAAAUGUUUUACAACAGGACAAGUGUAGCUGCGAAAUAUGAAUGACCAAAUGUUAAAGAUACCAUUGUUCGUUUUCAAGACGAAUUUGUAAAUCUGCGAUGCCGCGAAACUGUGAUGAAGAUUCGGGGCGCAGCUCCUGCUCGGCUGCUUCUAUCACAUUCAGCCCUGUUAUGGACUAUCAUCAUUUCAAAUCUGAAGAGCAACUAGAAACAAAACAUUUACGAAAUCAAGCUAUUGCUGCCAACACAACCCUGAAAGUGAGCACUCGUCCAAGAAGCUAUGUUGGUCUUGUGAAUUCACCGGAUGAAAGAGACCCAUUUCCUAGUUACCGGAUGCCUAAAACACAUAGAAAUGCUGUAUUUAAUCUAUUUGAUACACCCAGGCUUGGAGGUCUAAGUAAUGCCCAUUCAACAUUUGAUAUAGCUACCAGCACACAAAUAGAACAUCCACAAAUUCAGAACAAUGCUGUUUCUAUGUCUGCUGUUAAUUCUGAUGAAGGCAAAUUUAAUAAAGCCAAGCAGAUAUCACAUUCAUCGAAUUUCAAAAGGGGGAAACCUGUACAAAGAGCUGCCUCUAGACUUUACAAAGCUGAUGGUUUAAAAGGUAAAGAAGGCUGCAUUGGUCCAGAAUUUAUUGUGCGAGCUUCCCAACCAAUAAAGCAUAUAGAUUUGACACUGAGUGCCAUGUGUGAUAAAAGAGUGAUAACUAUUGUGUUAUUAAAUGGACAAAGGAUAGAAGUGCUCUGUGACCCGGCAACUAUAACAGCUGGUCAGCUAUUUGAAGGGGUAGUCCACAGUGAAAAAUAUGAACACAAUUUUAUGCUUGGUGUAGCUACUUUAAUUGGGGGAGAUUUUGUAUUCCUACCAGAUGAUUAUAAAAUUAAAAAGAUAGCCCCAGAACACUGGCAUAAAACAAAUAAGAAAAACAAAGGAAUGGAGGAAAUUGUCUCAAUAACAGUAUUUCUAAGAAUAAAAUUUUUCCUUCCAAAAAGUAUUGCAAGCAAUAUUCAAGGAGGUGAAUGGAGGUACAGGGUGUAUCUUCAACUGCGGAGGGCAACAGUAGAAGGUCAAAUGACUUCUACCAUACAGAAUCUCAUUCUACUAGCGGGGUAUGCUUUGCAUAUAGAGUUUGGAGAAUAUUCUUACAGGGAACAUGGGUCGGCUGAUUAUUUCCUCUUAGAACAUUAUUUACCAGAGUCUGUUAUAACAGAAGAUAUGGCUGAUGUUAAACUAAAAAUGAAGAGAGCCCAUGAAUCCCGAAGAGGUCUAGAUAGAAAUAAAGCCAUUAUUAAUUACAUAACAUUAGCACAAACAUUUAGAGACUAUGGUGCACAUUUUUAUUCAGCAAUAUGGGCAACUAGAGAUGGAUUUUGUAGAGAUGUAUGGUUGUCUAUUGCCCCAAGAGGGAUAACACUAUUUUCUCGUAACAGUCAAGGAGUUGAUGAUUCCGGAGUAAAUACCAACAGGAUAGUAUUACAAAGCCUGCCGUGGCACCAUAUACAUACUUUCUAUUACAAUAAGAAAAGUUUGUACAUUAUGCCUAACUCAUAUUCUGGCUUAUCUAAAAUUGGCAUUAAGUACAAACUUAAAAUGACAGACAAUAAAAGUUACUUUACAUUUUGGUUGGCCUCUUUACACCACAGAUUGUAUUUAAAAUUGUAUGCAAAAGAAGAUUUUAUCACAUAUUUAUCCGCUGAAAUUGGCUCACCUCCGAGUAACAGCCCAAAGAAAGCAGAUUGCAGUAACUAUCAAGACAGUUAUAAUUUAGCAGUAAGAAAUCCCACAAGAGUUCGCAGACCUACGAGACGAAGAUUUAAAGUAGACAUAUUUGGUGACAAGAAAGUACAAAAUAAAGAAAACGAAAAGCCAGAUACAGAAGAAUUGUUACGAAGGAUAUUAGCACCACAGCAUAAUGAAAGCUUCUUAAAUACCUCAAGUAUAGGGCACGCGAGUUCCUCAAAUGAAGCUCUAUCCUCUUCGGAAAGCAGUCUACCAAGAAGGCAUGGAGUUAAGAUGGGUACACGGGUUUUUACAGGAAUGAAAACAGUCCUAGAUGCCAGUAAUCUUCGAACACCAAUGUCCAAAAGCAUGAAUGACUGUCGGAGAUCAGAUGGUACCAUUCAUAGUGAUUCAGAUGACCUCAGCUUGGAGCCGAAAAAUCAUUGCAAUGUGAACAGUAUGAAAUUAUUACCUGAAAGACAGUACAGUCAAAAUGUCAGUACUGGACCAACAGCAUUUGUUUUAGAAUCACCAAAAGUAUAUUCUGAUGUUUUUAAUUACAAGGAGGCUAAUGAGUCUUGCCUUAAUACAUCACUGUUUGAAAAAUUGGAUAACAUGGAAUAUGUACAAGGCGAAAGAGUUUUUGUUACUGCAGUAAUUGAAAGAGAUGAUACAAAUGCAUUGGGUCUACAAGUAGCUGAGGGUUCUGAUGGAAAUGUGUAUAUAAAAUCAAUCACAUCCGGUAGUCCUGCAGAAUCAUGUAGAAAACUGUUACCUGGUGACCAGAUUAUAUCAGUUAAUGGUCAGACAUUAUUAAAUUUAAAAUACGAUAAAGCAUUAGCAAUGUUGCAAUCAGCUCCACAAAUUGUUGAGUUAAUAGUUUUGCAAAAUGUUAAUAAGCAAUCAAAUUUAGAUUAUCAAUCUUUUAUUGAAUCAAAUAAAGAAUUGAACAAUAGUCAAAUAAAUUUAAAAGACAUCGGCAGCUCUUUAGAUGCAGAUUUAGCUGAUGAUGAGCUACUCAACGAGGAAGCUUUAAAGACAAUUUACGCGUUAAUAAAACUGACGAAAGAUAAAGUGAUCAGUAGAAUGAAAGAUAGAGGUAGUGUACAAAAUACUCCAAAUAAAACUAACUUAAAAAAAUGUUAUUCAGAAAAUAAAGUUUAUGAGGAGUCAGAUUUGGCAGAUUAUUCUUCUCAAGAAAAUACACCUCAGAAAAAAGAUAAACAAAAAUUUAAUACAUGGCGUGGUGAAAUGACAAUCACCAGACAAAAACGUAGACCUUUAAGCUUAAGUAUACCUAAUAACAUGGAUUUGCCUGAUGAAUAUCUUGACGAUAGCAAAAGUGAUAUUUUAUUGAAGAAAUCGAUCCAAUCCUCGAUAAACAGUUUGGACAAAUCUGAGAAGAGUUCGUCAGUUAAAAAUGUGGCCUUACCGAGAAAUUAUGGACUGAGUCGGAAAUGGCUAGGACCAGUCAGAUAUCCUGUAACUCCUUGUAAAAAUAGCAAUAUAGAGAGUGCAAUUGUUACUGACAAUGUUGUGAGAAGACACUUUGUUUAUGGUGCUGGUGAUUCCGAUGAGGAUCAGAUAUUUUUAUAAACUGUUAACCUUUUAUCAUCAUGCUCCCUUCGCUUUGGGAACAUGAGUUAUAAGUUGGCUUUUUUUAUAAUAUAUUUUUAACGUGUACAUAAAUAAAAAUUCGGAAGAAACGAAUAUACCUAAUUAAA